CAUUUCUGGCACGCUCGCGAGUGGACGUGCGGACCGAUACGCCGAUAAUAGCUAUAGCCCUGUUCGAUUCCCAUCCACCUAUAUCCACAUAUAUAUAUCUAUCAAGUGUAUAUAGCGGGGUGCAAAGAUCUGCCCACAGAUCUUUCACCUGUCGCGCUGUGCGUGAGGGUGCGACAUAUCCUGUCCAAAAGCACCAGUAAUCGCGACGCGAGUGUUGAUUUGAGCCAAGGCGGUAACACAUCGUAUCUCAGUUUGAAAGUGAAGUCAGUGAAAGUCCUUGUGCCGCCAAGGCAUGCGAAUAAAUUUGCAAGAGUUUCGCGAAGCAUCAGGAAAUAGAAGAAGCCCACGCAACCAGCAGAGUUAACAGCCAAAGGAACAGGCCCCUUUUAAGGGCGCCUCGGAUACCCAAGUAAACAAUAAGAAGAAAACACCACUUGGAAACUGAGCCAUGGAGCAAUUCGAGCAGCUGCUGACGUGCUGCGUCUGCCUGGACCGGUACAGGAUUCCCAAGUUGCUGCCAUGCCAGCACUCCUUCUGCAUGGAGCCCUGCAUGGAGGGGCUGGUGGACUACGUGCGACGCCAGGUGAAAUGCCCCGAAUGUCGUGCCGAACACCGGAUACCCUACAAUGGCGUCCAGGCCUUCCCAACGAAUGUCACCCUACAACGGUUCCUCGAGCUGCACAUCGAAAUCACCGGAGAGCUGCCCGAUCCCACAUCAGGUCAAAUUAUGGAGCGUUGCGGCGUUUGCUCGGAAAAAGCCUAUCUGUCCCAUUGCGCACACUGCGAGAAAAAGAUUUGCGAGGACUGCAAAAGCGCCCACAUGGACAUUCUGCGACGAGAGAUCACGCGAUUCAACUCACAGAUCCGGCGCAGUUUGCACCGACUUCAGGAUUCUCUGGCCAUCAUCGAGAAAAACACCAUGAGUCUGCAGACGAACGCCAUCAGUGUGACGGAGGAGAUCGAUGAGAUCUACCAAAGGAUCACCAAGGCGAUCAAGGAUCGAUCUGACCAGCUAAAGGGGGAGAUCGAUCGCUACUUGGCCGUGGAGCUGCGCAAUCUGACCACGCUGAAGGAGAAUCUCGAUCUGGAAAUCACGAACAUCACCAGCAACUGCGACACGGUGGACAAGUACAUGAACGAGACCGUGGAGUGGGACGAUUGUGAGCUGAUGGACACCAAGGAGAUCUUCCUGAAGACGGUGGAGUUCCUGCGUCACUUCGAGUACGAGAACAACGACUACAGUCGACGAGUGAGGUUCCUGGUCUCCAUAGAUCCCAACCAGCUAGUAAUGAACCUGGCCACCUUCGGUGACCUAAACAUAGCACCUCAUUCGACGCCAAGUGGCGGUUCGGUUAGCAGUUCCCAUCUGGCGCCGCCCAGUGCUCUUCAGCCGGGCUUGAUGCGAUCCAAGAGCGACCACCGCCUGGCCACCCAGUUUCGCCAGCAGGAGGAGCGCAGUGGCUACAACGAUGAGCCCGUGCUGGGCGGUCGCAAGUUCGGUGAACGCCCGCAACGCAGUGCUACCCAGGCGAACAAUGAUCGCUAUGGUCGCAGUGGUGGCGACUACGAUUAUGAGAACGACUACGACAACGACGGUUCUUCGGGCAGGGCGGGCAAAUCCUCCCGCUUCCGCUCGCGUUUCGUGAGAUCCCACCAGAACGACGACUCCGACAGCGAGCAGCAGCAACAGCAGCGGCAGCAGGAGCUCAAGGAACGCAAGGAUCGCGUCCUGGACAGCGAGGAUGUGUCCCGCGGCCAGUUGAGCGGCAUCAUCCGAUUGAGCGACUGCUCGCGCGUUGUCCAGCGCUUGGCCGAUAUUGGCAAGGAGAAGAAGGAGAAGAAAUCCGAUGCCGCUGCCGCAGCUCAGGCGGCCGUUCAGGCCGCCAUUCAGGCCCAAAAAGCGGCCAUGCAACGGCAGCAGCAAAAGAAUCAGCAGACCGCCGCCGACGAGGAGGAGCUGGCGCGCCAGAAACGCAAGAAUGCCGGCUCAUCAUCGACAGGUGGAGCAGCUACAUCGACGUCCAGUGGUGGUGGCGAAACCGCCAGCGAUCAGCGUGUGGCGGCUCUGAAGAAUCGAGGAGGAGAAGAAAGCGAUGGCAGCUCCAACCAGGCGGCGUCCCCAGUGCGUAAUAGUGCGACAUCCACGACGCGAGCAGAGGUAAGUGUGAAUGAGGCAAAUACAGAAGAAGAAAGCGUGGCCAGUGAAAGCAGUGACAGCGAAGAAGAGGAGGAGGAGGAAGAAGAAGAAGAAGAGGUGGAGGAGGAGGAGGAGGAAGAACAAGUAGAGGAAUCUGUAGAAGGGACUCCUAGGGAAUUGCUUAACCUACCAGAGGAAGCUCUGCAGCCGACCUCUUCUGAAGUUACAGAGGAGGAAGAAUCCUCUUCCGAAUACGAAGAAGUAACAGCCACUGAAAGUGAAGAAGAGCAGGAGAAAAUUGAAGGAAGGGUAAUCGAGAUAGAGAGUCAAGAUCUCCCAGUGAUCAAUGUACUUCCACCCGAGAAUGAAAUUGCGCACAAAGUGGAAGAAAGCCCAGUAGACGACAUUAGCAAUCAGGAGCUUGUGGAAGAAACAGAUAAAUCUACCGAAGAAAUUCCAGAAGAAGACGAAGAGGAAGAGGAAGAGUACACAGAAGAGGAGAUUGAGUCGAAGCCGCCCGUUUCCGCCCAGGUGGCAGCGGUCAAGAAGACCCAAAGAUCCGGUAGCAGUGACAGCAGUGCCUCCACCGAGAGCUCAGCAAGUUCGGCGGCUGUGGCAGCCACAUCCACAUCCGCAACUGCGGCGGCACCUGCAACAUCCAGCAGCAAUUCGACAAGCCAAAAUGCCAAGGCGCCCAGCUCAUCCAGGUAUUCCACUGCCAGGGAUACUACGGCAGUGCCGGAAAAGAAGCCCUUUGUGAGUCGCUUCCUGCCACAGCAUAGCACCGCCAGUACCACCAAUGGCUCGGCGGAGAAGAAGAAGGCAGAGUCCAGUUCCAGCAGCGAGGAGGAGACCAGUUCGGAGUCCGAAUCCGAAUCGGAACCGGAGACCAAGGCGAAAAGCAGUGCCACCAGCAGCAGCACCAAUACCAAGUCCACGCCCAGCAGCGCGGCCAGUUCAACCACGGCAGCCAGUAGUUCCACCACUGGUGGAUCCUACCGGGAUCGCCUGGAGGCCCGGCGAGCAUCCCGCGAUGACAGCUCAUCGACGGCAGCGGGCCGCAGUAGUUAUGCCACGCCCUCGAGCAGCGGCUAUGGGAGUGGCAGCGGCACCACCGGCGGACGCACACGAGCGGUACCAGCGCCACAUCACACAAGUGAGAGCGAAGAUCGCUACGGAAGCGGCACCGGAAGCAGCUACACAAGCCGCUUUCUAAACAAGAGCAAGAGCAGCGCCAUUGUAACGCAACCCUCGCUAUCCACGCCCACCGCCUCCUUCGAUGAGGAUGCCACCGGAACCGGCGACGACUCGGACAGUCGCUAUGGAACGGGCCGCUCCAGAUACUUGGCCAUGAAGGAGCGACGCACCCGACUGGCGCGCAGCCGCUCGUCCCAUCAGUUUGGCAACGAUGACGAGGAUCUGGAUGAGCCGGUGUCCCCCACCACGGUCUCGCCGUCCGCUUACCUGGCAUCAAGGUACAGUGGCUAUGGCAGUAGCGAUCUGUCCCGCAGCCGCUCCUCCCACGCCCUGAAAUCGCGCGACAACUCCCCGAUCACGGAUCGCGGAGCGGGAUCGUCGCGGUCAAGCGGACUGGGUGGCAGUUCGACGACGGACAGCAAGGACGGUGAGGCGCUGAGCUCCUGGGCGCGGUACCUGAAGAACAAGUACGGCAACAAGAGCAGCAAGGACUCGGGCGGAAGUAGCGGCAGCGCACGCGACACGCACGCGGGCAGCUCGACGUCAUCUUCGGCGGCGGCGUCGUCCUCGCAUGCGCACGGCUACGGAAGCGGUACGAGCGGCUCCAGCGGACGGAGCACCGCCAGCGAUGUGUCGCGGCGGCUGAGCCUGGGAUUGCCCCUGCGUCAGGCCAACGAGCUGGCCUCCUCCGACGAUGACGGGUCAAAAAACGGGCUAGGCUCCCCUACGUCCCCUACGGUAGCAGCAGCAGUGGCAGCAGCCGGUAUAACCGGAGCGGCAGGUACUAUCCCUAAACAGGUGUACCUGCGCAAGCGCCAGCAGCUGUUCCAGCUAGGGGGCCGGGGGAGCGAGCCCGGAUCCUUCACAUGGCCACGCGGCCUGGCUGUCGGCCCCGACAAUAGCAUCGUGGUCGCCGACUCCAGCAACCACCGCGUCCAGGUCUUCGACUCCAAUGGCAUCUUCGUCAAGGAGUUUGGCGAGUACGGCAACGGCGAGGGCGAGUUCGACUGCCUCGCCGGAGUGGCCGUCAACCGCAUUGGCCAGUACAUCAUUGCCGAUAGAUACAAUCAUCGCAUACAAGUGCUCGAUCCGCAAGGACGAUUCCUGCGCGCCUUCGGUUCGCAGGGCACCGCAGAUGGCAAAUUCAAUUAUCCUUGGGGCGUAACAACCGAUGCACUCGGCUUCAUUUACGUGUGCGAUAAGGAGAACCACAGAGUGCAGGUUUUCCAAUCCGAUGGUUCCUUCGUUGGCAAAUUCGGUUCCUGCGGCCGUGGCGAGGGACAACUUGAGCAUCCGCAUUAUAUAGCCGUAUCGAACACGAAUCGUGUGAUUGUUUCCGAUUCGAAUAACCACAGGAUUCAGAUUUUCGACGUAAACGGCAAGGUCCUCUCCACGGUGGGCGGCGAGGGUUCCGACGAUGGCCAGUUCAAGUUUCCACGCGGUGUGGCCGUGGACGAUCAGGGCUACAUAUUCGUGGCCGAUUCUGGCAAUAACCGCAUUCAGAUCUUCAAUCCGGAUGGCAGUUUCCUGAAGACCUUCGGUUCCUGGGGCUCCGGCGACUCGGAGUUCAAAGGACUCGAGGGCGUGGCCAUCAUGUCGAAUGGCAAUAUCUUGGUCUGCGAUCGCGAGAAUCACCGCGUCCAAGUCUUCUGAUCAGAAUCCACGAAAAUACCUAUACAAGGAAAACCAUUGCAUUAUCUCAUCAUUAAUCGACCAUUUUUAUUUUGUCUUUAAUUAAUAUUGGUUACGAAGUGCCAAAGCAAUUAAUUUCCCUCUUUCUACGCCUAGAAAUUGUGUCAAUUAGCAAUGGAGGAAAAGCAGCUAAAAAAAAA